AUGGAAGUCCCGUCUCUUAAACGUAGUGAUUACAUUCUCUUUGGGUACGGCUGUAGUGUCGGCAAUUUUAUUACCAGCCAUGCUAUGCCAAGAGAUAGCAGCAUUAUAAAACAAGAAGCAUUAUCGGAUGUGGAUUAUGUUGCAACAAAGACUCAAACCUCGCUGCCCAAUGUAACCAAUGAAAAAGAUUAUAAAAUACCUGGAAGAGUGAUGUGCCAAUUCGAAGAACCCACAGAAGAUGUCAUUUGUCAAGAACACUGUGUCCCUAAGGGAUAUUCUUAUGGAAUUUGCCCGGAAGCACACCAACCCCAGCACUGGUUCUGGCUCAAUCAUGAACCUCUCGUCAGAUUCGACAAGUUUAGCAAAGUAUUGCGC